AUGAAAACCUCAAAACAACAAAGAGGAUGCAAGGCCUUGUGUUGCAGUAGCAACAGGUUUAGUGUUUCUUCUUCAGAGGAAGCAGAGAGUUCUUCUUCUGCCUCUGAUAGGUUCCCUUCUGUUUCAACACUAGCACAUGCCAUGGUGCAAGAGAGACUUGACCAAAUGAUAAGAGAAAAACUUGAAGCUAGACAUGUAGAGAGAAAAAGGGAGAAGAGAAGAGAAGGAACUAAGUUUGUUGUAAUGUUAGCAACUGAGAAGUGUUCUUAUGAUCCUAGAGAGGAUUUCAGGGAGUCUAUGAUGGAGAUGAUAACAGUGAAUCGCCUUCAAGAUGCGAAAGAUCUUCGUAGUUUAUUGAACUAUUAUAUGUCGAUGAACUCGGAAGAAUACCAUAGUCUUAUACUUGAGAUUUUUCAUGAGGAUUCAACAGUUUUUUACAUGGGAUAG